AUGAAAGAAACUAAUGGAAAGGAAAACGAGGCCAAUAAUAACGACAAGCAAGAAAAUGUUUCGAGUGAAUCUCAUAGUUAUUGUAUUGAGCAAGGCACCAAUGCUGGACAUAAUUAUCAAACGUUUUUAUUGCAAGAAAUGAAUGAUGAUCACGAUGAAAGAGUAGAACUAUUGCGAGAAGAUCGAUAUUCAUGUGUAUCACAUAACGACGAUGGAAAACAUCGAUUACCCGCCAAUCAGGCAAGAAGAUGGCGUCGUGCGGCACUUGGUGUCUCAGCAAUUUCUGCUAUUGGUACCGUUAUUGUUGGAAUCAUUUCUAUUGUUCUAUCGACCUCUUUACAUAGUCCUGCAGCUUUUGGAUUUGCGUUUGAUGCCUUUUUAGAUGCUAUCGCCGCUACUGUUGUCAUAUGGAGAUUUUAUGGAAAAGAAGGACAAAGUUAUUCUUGGAACCGCGAGAGAAGGGCUUGCAUUGUUAUUGCUGUUCUUUUUCACAUCUCAGCUCUCGUAAUCUUGAUCCGCGCAAUUCUAAAUGUAUCUCACCAUAACGGAAAAAAAAUAGUAAAGGGUGAGCCAUUAAUAAUUCUCGCUAUAGUAAGCGCAGUCUUGUGUUUCGUUCUGGCUUGGUUAAAAUUUGUUAUUAGUAAGCGCCUAAGAAGCAGAUCACUACGUACUGAUGCUAUAAAUUCGUUUCUAAGUGGUAUUAUGAGCAUAACGAUAGUUGUCAGCGAAAUUAUACAAAAUACCUAUAAGGAAGUGUGGUAUCUGGAUUCGAUCGUUGCCAUCUUCAUAAGUCUGUUAUUGUGCUAUCUUGGCGCAAAGAUCUUGUAUGAAUUGCUUUCUCAAGGCAAUAGAGAACCACUUGAAGAAGAAGGCGACGAAGACUAA